UGUAACACUGAAGUGCUGUGAGGUCCCUGAGCUAUUCAGCCUACUGGAGAGAGCUCUGGGAGCUGAUUGGUCGGAAGUUUGUUCUGGAGGUCUUACUGGUGAUGAUGAAGAUCAGAUAUCAAACUCAUGUUUCUCCUAGACAAUGACAUCAGCUGGAAGAAUGAUGCUGAUUAUAGUAACUGGGAGGAGAAUCCAGAAGGAUGGAACUUAAUUAAUCCAGCACAGCUGAACGAGAAGCAUUUGCCUCUUGUACAAGGUCAGUGUUUGAUGGGACCAAAUUCUCUGAAGCUUCACAGUUUCUGCUGCUAAUCUAGAAGCAGCUGAGCCAGCUGGGGGCGAUUGGAUGUUUUGCUGUCUUUCCUCAUGGUGGUCUUGCUAAGGACUCAUUUUUGACAUUGGAAUUGCAAUUUAAGGAACAACAUGACUCUUCUUGGUUCUGAACAUUCUUUACUGAUACGGAGCAAGUUCAGAUCAGUUUUACAGUUACGACUUCAGCAGAGAAGAAACCGUCAACAUCUGGUGGAUCAUGGUCUCAUGCCUCCCCUCAAGAGUCCAGCUGCAUUCCAAGAGCAGAGGAAAAACUUGGAACGAACCAAGAGUGAAGAUUAUUUGAAGCACAAAGUCAGAAGCAGGCCAGAAAGGUCUGAUCUGAUUAAUAUGCAUAUUCUGCCAGAUUCAGCAGCUGAAGGCUCACCUCAAACUACCCAGAUGAAACUGAAAAGGGCUCGUCUGGCGGAUGACCUUAAUGAAAGGAUUGCCCUUAGGCCAGGUCCUUUGGAAUUGGUGGAAAAGAACAUAAUUCCUUUAGAAUCUACUGUGAAAGAUGCCAUGAAAGGCAGUCCAACCACAUAUUCUAAGCCUGCGGAUGCCUUUGCUUUUGAAGAAGACAGCAGCAAUGACGCUUUAUCUCCUGAACAAGAGAGAAGCGAUGACUCCCAGGGAAUCUCAUCUUCAUCUCCACAAGAGACCAAAAAUAUGGACGCCACUGGUUCUCCACACUCUGCUCCAGUGACGAAUCAUACCCAAGAAAAUGAAAAUGAUGUACAGGAUAUGAGUGCAUUCCAGAGUCACCCCUGCUCACAUCACUCUGAAAACCUGCUGUCUACAACGGGACCUCAGACACCUAUCUCUACAGCAGUGAAGACUAAGUCUGCCGCGGACACUAAGAACAGACACAAGAAGCCAAAAGACAUCAAGCCAAAAGUGAAAAAGCUCAAAUAUCACCAGUACAUUCCUCCAGAUCAGAAGGCAGAGAAAUCUCCUCCACCUAUGGACUCUGCCUACGCCCGGCUCCUCCAACAGCAGCAGCUCUUUCUCCAACUACAGAUCCUAAGCCAACAACAGCAACAACACUUCAAUUACCAGGGCAUGCACCACUCACAUCUCAAGCAGCCAAAUGAUCAAAUGUCUCGGAAUUCCAACACACAAACAGUUCACAGUCCGUCCUUGUCUCCAGUUAAGACCACUUUUUCUGGCCAUACCAAUGUGUCAUCUAUGAAGCCGGGAUUACUGCCCUCCAAUCUGGAUGAUUUGAAAGUCUCUGAGUUGAGACAACAACUUAGAAUACGUGGUUUGCCUGUUUCUGGUACAAAGACAUCACUGAUGGAACGACUACGGCCCUUCCAGGAGUGCAGUAGUAACAGUGUUCCAACAUUUGGUGAAAUUACAACGGUCACUUUCCCAGUUACACCAAAUAACUCACUUUCCAGUUACCACACACACCCAUCAGCAGGAGUUAUGUCAAAUGGAUUCUAUCAGUUUGGUAGCACUAGCUCCACCCCACCAAUAUCCCCAGCUUCUUCUGACCUCUCUGUUAGCGGUUCUUUGCCUGAUACCUUCAGUGAUGGUCCAAUGUCUUCUCCUCAGUUUGGUCUACACCCUUCCCCUAUCCAUUUAAGUGCUGAGGAAAGUCUAAUGAGCAGCAUCAACAGUGGUAGCUACCAAGUAGAACUGGAAGGCAUUGAUGCUGAAAAAGACAAAAUGUUGGUGGAGAAGCAGAAAGUCAUCAAUGAGUUGACCUGGAAGCUUCAGCAAGAGCAAAGACAAGUUGAAGAGUUGAGGCUGCAGCUGCAAAAGAGGAAAGGGAGCUGUGGACCUCAAGACAAGACUCUCCCAUCUCAUCACUUUUUUGGGGUACCUAUCAAACAGGAAAAUGUGUCCAGUUGUCCCUUUGCAUCAAAGCAAAUGGCUAUGAAAACGCAAACAAAUGAUACAAAUGAGAAGCUCGGAUCAUGCACUACGCAGCCAAUGCCUUGCUUGAUGAAUAAUCAUUGCAUGGAGACUUCAAACCAAAACUCUAUAAUGUCUUCCACAUUCUUAAGUCCCCAGUGUUCUCCUCAACACUCUCCACCUGGAACUACAAAUAGUCCACAGCAUAUCAGCCUACCCCCAUCUCCCAACAACCACUACCUAUUGUCGGUAUCACCAAGCACACAAGGAGAUGCACGCAGCAUAUCGCCACAUAUCAACCAUCGGAUUCGUACAGCCCAGAAUGCUGGGAGCACAGUAUGCUUUUCUCCAAACCAGAACACAUUACAGCCACCUUAUAUUGAACAAUCAGAAAGCAAGCAGACUAAUAAAGAUGGCGUACCCCCAAAGAGCCCACCAGUGCUAGGAAAGGCAGGUCAAAAGCUUUCAACCCCAUGUACGACUUUCUCUAACGCAACCUCAUCAGUUUCCAAGCAGCUCCCCUCCUAUGAGGAUGCAGUCAGACAGCAAAUCACAAGAAGUCAACAGAUGGAUGAACUUCUUGAUGUCUUGAUUGAGAGUGGAGAAAUGCCAGCCAAUGCCAAAGAUGAGAGGCCAUGUGGGCAGAAGCUCAGUCAGCUGAGUGUGUCAACUGGAAACUCAAAUGUGUCUGCUUCAAACUCUCACCUUCCAUAUGACAACUGCUCAAACAAUGACAGCCACCUUGAAGUCUUACUAAAUUCUCACAGCCCUAUUGGAAAACCCACUGAAAUCCCACUGCUUAAGAUUGGGAAUGACGAUGCACAUUUUGAACGGGUUAUCAAUGGAUUUCAAGGAAAAGUUAAUGAAGAUAUACUCCCAUCCCGAGAAAUCUUGGACACUUCUCUAUCUCCUAUGGAGACUCAAAUGUCUCCAUCAUCUGCAGAAAGUACUGUCCUCCAUCAUUUGAGUUUUACUGAAUCUCCUUGGGAAACUAUGGAGUGGUUGGACUUAACACCACCAAGUUCAGCCACAGGUUUGGGGUCACUUGCCACUACUGGUCCUAACAUUUUCAAUACUGAUUUCCUAGAUGUUACAGAUCUCAACUUAAAUAAUGCAAUGGACUUGCACUUAGAACAGUGGUAGAAGCUUUGGAAACUUCUGGUUAUACAGAUAUCAAUGCAAAUACCAGAUAGUGACCUUACCAAUGACCAGCUCUGUCAAGACAUUUAGGCUUGUUUGUGACUAAUAGGGGUUCAAAAUAAGCCAUAAGUGUUUACAGUAAUUAGCAAUAAAACUCUCUAUUGACUCUGCAGCAAGAGAGCAGUAUUGAGCUCUAAUGCAGGAUUUUAUAAAGCACAACAAUCUUCUUAUAAUCCAAAAUAAACAAACUAAAAAAAGGAGUAACUCCCUUGUACAAAAUAUGUACACACAAAAGUACAAAACUUGUACAAAAGCAUUUUUAUUCAUUGCUCUUUUUUUUAACUAUAAUGUUGUGUGGUAUACAAAAGUGUGACCUACAUCAGGUGGCAUUAGACCAAAGACUGUCUACAAGCAUUGUGAUUUUAAUAUGGUUACAUUUCUACAUAGUAGUGUUAUAGUUGAGCAAGUGUCCAAUUGGAAGCACUACAUUUAAUCAGAUAUAUUAAAAACAUACACACCCUCUAAAAGUCCUCUCUCUCUCAUGCUGUGAUCUGUCGACAAAAGUAAAUGUUUGGCUGCUGUACAACAGUAGGCCAUAUAAAGUACAGUAUAUCCCUUUAUGAUCAAGUUCCCUACCUGAAAUAUGAAAUCUUGUCUUCCAUGACAAAACAGAAAGGAAGGAUUCUUAAAGAUGAAAUUCAAGUCCUGAAAUAUUCUCCAGCAGGGAAAGGCAACAUAAAGUAAGCGGGGAAACUUUAAAUACUAUAAUUUGAGGAAACAGUGGGGAGAUGUAUCAAACCUUCGAAAAUGAUAAAGUGGAGAAGUUGUCCAAAGGAACUAAUAAGGUACUAACUGUCAUUUAUAUAGCACAUUCUUUAAAAUGGCAGUUAGAAGCUAGUUGGUUGUUUUGGACAGCUGCUCCACUUUCUCUGUCUCCAAGCCUUGCUAAACUUCCCCGAGUUUAGUUAUCCCUUUAUGCCAUAUACACCUCUUCUCCCUUGUACAACUUUCCUACUUUUUUGGGAAUUUUCUUCUAAACAUAUGCUGGACUUCACAACAACGGCAAGAUUUUACAUCACACUGCAUUAUUAGUCUAGAUGUCCAAUGUUGGAAUUUAAACAGGCUCCUAUAGAUCUAAUGUAACCAACCCAUGCAUACUGUACAUGUAAACUACAAAAUGUGAGUUUUGGAAUGUAUGUAAGAACACGUGCAUGAAAUUGUUACCUAUAUAUGUGUGUGUGUGUUUUUUCUGGACUGUAUAAAUUAUAGAAAAAAAUGUAAAUACUCAGUGUAGUCUGUUAGCCUGGCAAAUACAGAUACUGUAUGGACAUCACUCCUUCCAAAUAUUAUGGGGUUGACAACUACAUUUAAAUUCACUUUGUAUUUACGCUACUGGAAGUAAGUACACACUAAUUAUUAUUUGUCAUAUGACUGUUUAAUUUUAACCCCAUUCCUGAAUUUGUAAUGGAUUUAAUAGAACACGUUUAAGUCAAUCAAAAAUGUGUAUUGUAAAAGCAAAAAUUUCUACACCGAGUUGUAACAUUUAUAAUGUAUAUAUGAUGCAUUUUUUUGUAUGUGUUUUAAAGCAUUUUUUUAAACUACAGGAAGUGUUUAUACAAUAAGUUGAUAUGUUCACCAAUUUAACUAUACAUUUCUGCAUGCUGUAUAUAGGUAGAAGACUAGUAGCUGUUUAUGUUGAAAACAGUUUCCUUAAAUUGUACAAAUGCUCACUGUGCACUGCUUAUAUAGAGUAUGAUCACAGAUUGCAUCUAGAGAUUUUAUUUUUAAGAGUUACAGUACUUAGAAGCCAUUCCAUACAAAUCUAAAAGUUGCACUUUAUGUCAGCAUAGUUAAAACAUUUAUUCGCUAUAUUUAAAAGUAUUUCCUUUUAUGUCUGAUAUGCUUUUUUAAAUUAAGAUAAAGUCCUAUAUUUUGGUGUUAUUGAUUUCUUUAAACCAUUUUAAAAAAUAAAAAUAAAAAAGAUGGUUUCUCAAUAGAGAAGUCUUGAGGCAUAUCAGUUUUUUCCCAGAAACCUUUGCAUCUUUUUAUUUAGCAAAUUGACAGUAUGUCCCUCAAAAAGAGUUUAUGCUUGUAAGUAAAAAUAAAAAAAGGAUUGGAUACUGUUACCAUGCCAAUUGUAAAGGUUACAAGUGCCUCAUAAAUAAUGAAACCCAUUUUGUCUUCCACGAACAUCAACAAACUUUAAUUUUUGAUAAAGCUAAUAAAAAUUAUUAAUGUGGUAUAAAUGGCAGAAAUGGUUGUAACUCAUAGUAUCCAAUCAAAGAUUAGCUUUGCUUAUGGACAUGCAGUAAACAAUCUAGUUGUUGUGGUUAACAGUACAUUUAACCAUGCACUUAACAUAAGCUUAAGGAAAAUUCUCUUGUAGUGCUCAAGCAGGAAUUACUUGCAAAUAUAGUUGUACUGAGGGCCAUAUAGAGUACUGGGUACUGUAGGGGGCAUGGCCUACUUGUUCAGGUGUGGUCACACCCUCUGCUAAAAAAAGAUUUUAAAAAAUUGUUGUACUGUGCGCUGAACCCUCAACCAUGGCAAGAUCCAGGUUGGGGGGGAUCAAUGCUAUUGCUUUUCCCCCCACACACACAUUAUGCAGGUACAGGAGAGGAGACUUCUGCUUCACUCAGUGGCAGCAGCCUCCCUGGACCCACAGCCUGUGCUGGUGAGAGUGACUGCUACCACUGACAGCUAAGAAGAUGGGUGGUAGACCUGGGCUCCUCAAACCCGAGUACCCAGCUGAUCACCAUAAUAAUAAUGUGUUUUCUGCUAUUCACAAUGACCAGACCAUAUAUAAUUGUUUAAAAAAGUUUGCCUAUUUUCUUAUGAAAUGUCCAUCUCAGUGCUAGGGACAGAGGUGGUAGGGGAAGAGGUGGAGAAGAUGGCCAUAGAAGCCAAUCAGCUUUUCUACUUAUCUUUCAAGUAAAUUCUAUAAAAUGAUAGCUAGAACCUCUUCAGAAGAUUAAUAACCCCCCCCCCCCCCCCCCCCAGUCUUGUGAAGUCAUUGAUCUCUCUUAGGCAAUACAUUAAUGAACAGCACAUGGAAAGGGGGUGAGAUGGGGAUUCUGGGAAAUAAUUCUGCUCUCAUGAGGCAAUAUCAUAAAUAUGUGCAAUUCAGAAUUGGUUCAUUUGUCAAAUUAUAUAUAUUUUUGAAUUUUUAAAGUAUCUUUGUUCCAUUUAUAUAUGAAAAACCUACUGUCCUUUUUGCCAGCAUUUCUGUGAAGAUGAAAAAGGCUUGGCAGCUGAUUUUUAUAAAGUUUUCUUUUUGUUUUCUUUCAGAUCCAAGUUCACUAUUAACAUGAAACAAAAAAAAAGGUUUUAGAGAAAAAAAUUAUUUGUACAUUGUACAAUCCUCUACAAGGUAUAUUGUAUUUUGUAGUAGUUGCAAAAUAAAUAAAUUAUGAGCUUAAUAUAAUAUUAAUUCAUAGUCUAUUAAAGUACUCAUUAAUAUAUUUUAACGUUUAGUAAUAUUUUGGUGGCAGUCUUUUAAUCAAUUUCUGUUUCUGAUAAAAAAUAAAAUCGAAUUCUUAUCAAUGUUAUUUUUUGCAGUACCACUGUCUAAAAUGUUAUCGCCAGUAAGCUUAGAAAAUAUUCCACUGCGUCUUACAAAUACCCAGCGACUGUCUGCAAUAGCUGGCUUAAUGUGCACCACCGAUAGCAAUUCCCACUUUAUCAAUCUUAACCAUCAAGAGGACAUAGUUAAACAGUCUGUCAGGGUGUUACUGGAAUAAAAGCUAGGUAUGUUAUGAUAUCUAUUAGGGGACCAAGUGCUUCUUGGACACAAUGAUACUUACAAAUACACGACUAAACACUAUGCUAUUUAAGUUUCAUGUUUAGAAACAUGACACAUGUUCUUCACAUCAUCCAAAGCAUUCACUGUCCUAUUUUUUUCAUUUAUGUAAUAAUGUGUUGGGAUCAGUACGUAAUCCCACCGGACGGAAUCCCGGCGGUUGGAAUACCGACACCAGAAUCCCGACCGGCAC